GGACAGGUAUGAGAUAAGUUGGAUUGGACUAGUGAAGGAAGGAUUUGUAAAGCUUAGGACAUGUGUUAUGGAAGGUGUGCUAGAUGUAUUGGCUAUAAGUUGCUCAUCCUGGCCUUGCUCAGCAUUGUGGCCAACAUUUUACUUUAUUUUCCCAAUGGAGAAACAAGAUACGCUUCAGACCAUCAUCUUGGAAAAUACGUGGAGUGCCUUCAUGGCAUUCUAGGCGGAGGCUUUUUGGUACUUAUUCCAGCUGCAGUAUUCAUUGGGCUUCACAAUGAUGACUGCUGUGGGUGCUUUGGCCAUGAGGACUGUGGGAAAAGCUGUGCGAUGCUGUCCUCAGUUCUGGCCGCCUUUAUUGGGAUCAUUGGUUCUGGAUACUGUAUAAUCAUUUCAGCGCUGGGCUUGUCUCAUGGACCAUACUGUUUUACUCACAUAGAAAGAAACUGGAUCUAUCCUUUCACUGAAUCCUCUGGAGGGUACUUGUUUGAGUAUAACAGGUGGUCUGAAUGUCAAGAACCUCAUAACAUUGUGCAGUGGAAUGUCACCCUCUUUUCUAUCCUCCUUGUCUUGGGAGGAAUAGAGUUCAUUCUGUGCUUCAUACAGAUAAUCAAUGGCAUUCUUGGAGGACUAUGUGGGUUGUGCUGCAGUCAUGAGGAGACAUACGCUUGCUAGAAACCUGACAACAUAUUGACGUCGGUGCCUGUGUGUGAUGUAUUGAGAUAUCUGUGGCGUUUUGGGGGUUUGGAAGUUUGGGGUUUUUGU